GGCCUUACGGACCAUCGAGGGUUUCAGUUCGUUGCGGCACUGUUUUCCGUUUGUUCGUUCUCUCCCUCCUCUCAAAAUGCUUCGUCUUUCAGCAAAUUCGCUCUGCAAAUGGCUCCCAGCCCGCCAUUUUCGUCGAUCCCCAAUACCCAGAUCUUCGUUUUCCUCGAAACCGAUCACUACUCCAAAUCAAUUUCUUUCAGAUUCCUUUUCACAUCCAAACGCCAAGAAAGCCCUCCAUUUUGUUCCACCAACAAGCUCAAACCCGUCGACCCAGUGCAGGAUUGGCCAAACUCCGAGGCAAUACAGUGUCGAUACGAGCAAGGAGGUGGACACGAUCAACCUGAAGUUCGCAGAGGCUAGAGAAGAGAUCGAGGCAGCCAUGGACUCCAAAGAAACCGUGUAUUUCGAUGAAGAAGCUGUGUGUGCUCGGGACGCAGUUAAAGAGGUGUUGGAAAUGUACGAAGGGUUGUUGUCGAAGUUGCCUGAGAAUGAAAAGGCGGCAAUACAGAGGUCCAUGGGGCUGAAAAUCGAGCAGUUGAAGGCUGAACUUGAACAGUUGAAUGAUUAGUGAGCCUUUCGAUUUAUUGGUUCUGUUUUGUUUUGUAAGUUUGCGUAGUUGAGAACUUGAGAUCGAUAUUAAGUAGUUGUUUACGAAAAUGGUAAUUUAGAGAUAAUGUACUAGAGAAGAUGAUGAGUAAUUGUUGAUCUUCGCUCAUCGGUAGUGGAAACAAAUUUUAUGCCAUAAGCUAAUUUCAUGGCUACUAUAUAUGGACCAAAUAAAGGUUUUCUUCGGCACUGUUUUGUAUGAGAGAUAGUGGGAGAUUUGGCAGAGAAUUUGGGGGUUAUUCUCUCCUAUUAUGAGUGCUGCCCAAUUUUCAUCAAGAAGAUGAUUUGGGUGGUCUCUGGUCAAUCGACCUGAAUUUUUUAGGGAAGGUUCAAAGGGCAUAGCUUCACCAUUCUAAAAAUGGUGGGGAUUGGAUUUGAAGCAUUGUAGGUUCAAAAUGUGGUGUCUGAACAAUAGCCUCUGUUUUGGUGAUAUCCUUAACUUCUCCUAAUUGUUUCAUCUUGUUAA